CCUCCCUGGGGGUGGGCAGGUCCGGAGGGCGGGGACCCGGGGGCAGCUGGGCUCCCAGGCACUGGCGGAGGAGAGAAAUGCCCCAGGCUCUCCGGGGCGCACAAAGCGCAGGCGCAGCGGGUUGGGUGGCAGCAGCAUCGAGUAGCGGCCGCUUUGGCAGCAACACCCGCAACAGGUGUAGACCAGGUCCCGCCUGACUCCGCCCUGGAAAGUCCUUUUGAAGAAAUGGCCCUGCUGAGGGGCGGCUGGCUGUGGAGACAGAGCUCCAUUCUCCGCCGCUGGAAGCGAAACUGGUUUGCCCUGUGGAUGGAUGGAACCCUGGGAUACUACCAUGAUGAGACAGCACAGGACGAGGAGGAUCGUGUGCUCAUCCACUUCAAUGUCCGUGACAUAAAGAUCGGCCAAGAGUGCCACGAUGUGCAGCCCCCAGAGGGCCGGAGCCGGGAUGGCCUGCUCACCGUGAACCUACGGGAAGGCUCCCGCCUGCACCUAUGUGCAGAGACCAAGGAUGAUGCCCUAGCAUGGAAGACAGCGCUGCUGGAGGCAAACUCCACCCCGGCCCCAGGUGGAGCCACCGUCCCUCCCAGGAACCGCCGGGUUUGCUCCAAGGUCAGAUGUGUGACCCGCUCGUGGAGCCCCUGUAAGGUUGAGAGGCGGAUCUGGGUGCGCGUCUACAGCCCAUACCAAGAUUACUACGAGGUGGUGCCUCCCAACGCACACGAGGCCACGUAUGUCCGCAGCUACUACGGGCCGCCUUACGCAGGCCCCGGUGUGACGCACGUGAUAGUGCGGGAGGAUCCCUGCUACAGCGCCGGCGCCCCUCUGGCAAUGGGCAUGCUUGCGGGAGCCGCCACUGGGGCAGCGCUUGGUUCGCUCAUGUGGUCGCCCUGCUGGUUCUGAGACCUGGGACUCAGAGCACUGGCCCCUGCGCUUAGACUGCUAGACCCCUCUUCCUCCUGGAUCUCACCCUCUACCAUCCAAGCCCUGUCCCACUUUGGCCCUAUUCUCUCCAUUAGUUCCUUCCAGGUUUGGACCAUUCCCCCGACUCCCUACCCUCACUUCCCACAUGGGAAGAAGCUAUCAUCCCAGGUACAAACAUAGCUCGGAGUCUCCACAUCUACUGCCAGACACCCCCAAAAUCUGUUAAAGACAUUUAUGGAUAAAGUUUCUCUAAACACACCAGGGCACAGCAAAUACAACUUCAUUUGGCUUGGAGUUCCCCAGGUGCUGUAGAGACGACAUGAACCCGGCUCUCAGGGCUCUCUGCUCUCUCCUCAGGGAGCUUGAGGCCUGGUAGGGAGAACAGGAGUAAACAAGCACUUGAUAAAGCUGCAGAGUUAUCAGUCCUUUGACAAGAACAGGUGGGGCAGGGAGCAAGGCAGGUAGGCUGGAAAAGACGGUUAUUGGCAAGUGUGCAGAGCCAUGAAUGUCAUCACAUGUCCAAGGAAUUAAAUGGGAGUUCAUUUGGGCUGGGGUGGAGCCUUCAGGCUAAGGAGGUUCCUGGGUGAAAGGGGAGAUGUGAGCCUUCUCUGGAGGGAAGUUUCAUGAUUGCAACUAUCAUGAAUAUAUUGCCUGUUUUGUUAAUAACACAUGCGCAUACCCAAAACACCCCUGAGUUAAGUCCCAUCCUUCCCACAACCAGCUUCCUGGGUACCCAUGCUAACAAUUGAGCUGAACUUGGGGGCCCCUGGUUGGGGAACAGGUGAGUUCUAUUUGAGACUUCUAGCCCUAGAAAGCUGCCUACAUCCAGAAAUGCCUCUCAUACCAGGAGCUCAGCCCUCUUUUCAUAGCUGUGACUGUCACCAUCUCAGGCUUUGUCUCAUCCUUCAUUCUGAGGGAGAUGGCAGUGUUCUCCUUUGAGGCCUGAUCCACCUUUACACCAGCCCAGGAAGCCCCCAUGUGUGCCUGCCCUCAGGUGGUCCAGCAGUUUCCCCCUUUGGUCCCCUUCCAGUCUCUUCCCAUCUUCUGUCCCAAUCCCCAAUGGAAAUGCUAACAUCCCUGCCUGGUAGCCAAAGUAGCCCACAGAAGUUCCCCUGGAAAUGGGGGCUCCAUUAGUUCUGCUGCAGAGAGUAAUAAAGAUUUGGUUGGCUCUAG